AACUCAUUUCAAAUUCAGAAAAAUUCUAGUUCACAAGCUGAGCUUGUGUUUCCAUAUCAGAAAAUCAAAAUCCAAGAUCAUCUCCUUGUUUUCCAUCUUCAAAUCUCUGUUCAUAAACCCACUUUCCAUUUCCAUAUCUAAGCAACUGCUGCUGUUAUUCACUAGUUGAAAAAGGUCUGAUAAGUAAAGAUGAACGAUCUAAUGACCAAAUCCUUCACCAGCUAUGUGGACCUGAAGAAAGAGGCCAUGAAAGACCUGGAAGCUGGUCCUGAUAUAGAGAUGGCAAACGCAUCAAACACCAUGGAUCGUAACCUUGGCCUAUUCCUUGAAGAAGCUGAGAAUGCCAAGAAAGAAAUGGGAUCAAUCCGUGAGAUUCUAGUCCGUCUCCAAGAAUCCAACGAAGAAAGCAAAUCCUUACACAAACCUGAGGCCUUAAAAUCGCUGCGCAACAAGAUCAAUACAGACAUUGUUACUGUCCUCAAAAAGGCUGGAGCCAUCAGAUCUCAGCUCGAAGAAAUGGACCGUGCCAAUGCAACUAACAGGCGCCUCUCUGGGUAUAAAGAAGGAACCCCAAUUUAUAGAACUAGACUUGCAGUCACCAAUGGUUUGCGCAAGAAGUUGAAGGAGCUUAUGAUGGAUUUUCAAGGGUUAAGGCAGAAAAUGAUGACCGAGUACAAAGAAAUUGUUGAGAGGAGAUAUUUUACAGUGACUGGGGAGUACCCAGAUGAGGAGAUCAUUGAAAAGAUUAUAUCUGAUGACAAUGGAGGUGAGGAGUUUUUGAAACGUGCAAUACAGGAGCAUGGGAAAGGGAAGGUAUUGGAGACAGUAGUGGAGAUACAGGAUAGGCAUGAUUCAGCGAAAGAGAUUGAGAAGAGCUUGUUGGAGCUGCACCAGGUGUUCUUGGACAUGGCAGUAAUGGUGGAGGCGCAAGGGGAGCAGUUGGAUGAUAUUGAGCACCAUGUGUUGAAUGCUAACCACUAUGUGAAGGAUGGUGCCAAAGAGCUUAAGAGUGCUAAAGACUAUCAGAGAAGCAGCAGGAAGUGGAUGUGCAUUGGUGUUAUACUUUUGUUGUUGAUUAUUCUUGUGAUUGUCAUUCCUAUUGCCACUAGCUUCAGUCACUCUUAAAUUGGAGGUUCUCAUGGAGGAUUUAAUGCCCUGUUAUUCCUUCUGGUUUUCUUGCUUUUUACCAUGGAGUUGUAAGAUCCAAGUCCUUGUUCUGGGACUGGUUAAGCGUUGAGGGUUCUGCACAUUGUUAUUGGUUUAUUCUUUUAAGAAAUGUUGUGAUGUAUGCACAUUGCUUUCCUCAGCCAGUGUUGCUUGCUCUUUGCUCUCUUCCUUAAUAAGAAAAAUUAUUUAUUAUUAAA